ACAGUGUCAAGCUUUGGUUUGGCUCUGGAAUAAAGUGUCCCGCACAAUUGCAAGUUAUAUUCUAAUUCUAUCGGCAAAAAUGUCUUCAGAAACCACCGAAAAAGGCGUUGAAGUAGAGGCCAAUGAAGUCGACUAUAAAAGCCAGAAACGAGAACAAAUGGAAAGGCGUCAGAGGAGAAAUGAGGAUCUGGCUCGAUUCAUUCUAAGCCGCUCUUCAAUCUAUCUCACCCGGAUCAACAAAGCACUGUCGCAAAUGGCUGCUCGAUAUAGACUGCAGGAAAUUGCACAGGCAAUUUUCACCAGCCUUCAGGAGUAUCCCCUAUUGGCACUUGGCGUUGCGAUUGUGAUCUUCACCUUCACCCUUCCGUUUCUGGUGUUUAUCUUCUUCACCAUGACCACAGCUGUAAUGGCAUUCACCGGAUUCGUGCUGAUUGAAGGUGCCCUCAUCACUGCGGCCUCGGUUAUGCUCGUAAGUUUGCUCAUCGGUGUUUUUCUAAUGGUGGCCAUCAUAGGCAUGAUCUUUCUUACCGGCUACUAUAGCAUGUCACGCAUGUACGAAUACACUAACAAAUUUAACUUGGAAAAUGUUCGCGAAUAUUUACGCGAAAUGUAGAAAAGAGCCGCAACUGCGCUUCUUUUCAUCACUGUUGAUUAUUUAAAUAUGCGGUAUUGAUAUUUGUAUUUGAAUGGUUUUAGAUAUGGGGAUAAGAUUGUUAUUAUUAUUAUUACUCAUCUCGGUUUUAAUCACUGGGCUUUUUCGUAUGUCGUGUGAUUAUAUUACUCAUCAUAUCUUAUACACGCUGGUUAGCAGUAUUAGAACAAGUUACCACGAUAUUAAAGUUAGGGAAGCUAUCUCGAAUCAUGUGUGCCAACAUUCCAAAAAGUGUCUUGAGGGGUAAACAGUGUACUUAAUUUUCUAAAGAAAUAAUAAACAUUAUUAUAAAAGAAAUUUUUUUAUCCGCUCAUCGGCAAUAAAGUUAUUAUUUCCAACAGUACAGUUUUUCAAUUAAAUGC